GGCCACACUAUUAAUUGCUUUAUUUUUGCAUCACGAAAUUAUUUUGCAAAACUCACAAAAUCCUUAAUUAAAGAGACAAGUUGUGAUUUGCGGUGAUUGUUCUAAACGUAAACUUGUUCUCGCAGUGCUGCUGACCACAAUCGCCAUUAAAAGUGUGCUUUGAAACCGCGUUUUGUGUGUGCAACGAGAGGAGACGCUUCUGAUAAGCAGCAGCGCCAUCUUCGUCUUCUUAUAAGAAUGCCUGCAACACACACGGCUAGCAAAAUGUUUGCUUACAUUAUGAAAUGAGAAUACAGCGCAGAAACUAAAGCUAACGAUUUUGACGCCGCCCGCUGCGCCUGUAGGGCAGUGCCACCCACAACUACAACAACAUCCACACAGACAUGUGCAGCGCGCAGCUCUAAUCUAUUGUAAAUAAACUGCGUCCACAAGCGUCUAUUGUGAACGGGACACAUACUCUCGGUCACGUACGCCGCUGCCGCCAAGUGUUCGGAUUUGGUUGCGUUCCUCCUGCCUGCCUGCCUGCUGCUUCCUCGUACCCACGCAGUGUAUGUGCGGGUGUGACGCUGUUUUACCUGGAAUAAAGUUUUGCUCAAACCUGCAAUAAAAUAUACCAUAAGUCAGCGGAGAACCAUCGAAAACAUGUGAAGCGGAGCAGAGUGCACCACAUCCUCAGCAACAGCAUCAUUAGAGGAGCAGUACGGGUUCCAGGAUCGAUCGAAAUUAGGUGAAAGAAGAGAAAGAACAGACAAAGAAGGUAGAGAGCGCCUUUCGCUCAAAUGAAAAUGUCUGAAAUACCGCGCAUCAUGGUCUUCCGACCCACCUGGGAGGAGUUCAAAGACUUUCCCAAAUACGUGGCCUACAUGGAGUCACAGGGCGCCCACAAGGCUGGGCUGGCCAAGGUGGUGCCGCCCUCAGAGUGGAUACCACGCCGCAGCGGCUAUGCCGAUUUGGAUGCCCUGAAUGUGACAAUUCCCGCGCCCAUCUGCCAGGUGGUGACGGGCAAACAGGGAUACUACCAGCAGAUCAACAUACAAAAGAAACCGCUGACGGUGAAGCAGUUCAGCGAUCUUGCCAGCACCGAGCGCUAUGCCACGCCCAAGCACUUUGACUACGAGGAUCUCGAGCGCAAGUACUGGAAGAAUAUUACCUAUGUGGCGCCCAUUUACGGUGCCGAUGUCAGCGGCAGCAUCACAGAUCCCGAUCAGGAUAGUUGGAACAUCAACAGACUGGGCACGAUACUGGACUACGUGAACAAGGACUACAACAUACAGAUCGAUGGCGUGAACACUGCCUACCUCUACUUUGGCAUGUGGAAGACAACGUUCGCGUGGCACACCGAGGACAUGGAUCUCUACUCGAUCAAUUACCUGCACUUUGGUGCACCCAAGACGUGGUAUGUGGUGCCGCCAGAGUAUGGCCGACGGCUGGAGAAGGUGGCCAAUCAGUAUUUCCCGGCCAGCUACAAGAACUGCAAUGCAUAUCUGCGCCAUAAGAUGACGCUCAUAUCGCCGCAGAUCCUCAAGCAGCACAAUGUGCCCGUCAGCAAGAUCACACAGGAAUCGGGCGAGAUUAUGAUCACCUUUCCGUUUGGCUACCAUGCGGGCUUCAAUCAUGGCUUCAACUGCGCCGAGUCCACAAACUUUGCCAUGGAGCGCUGGAUCGAGUACGGCAAGCGAGCGGUCCAGUGCACGUGCAGCAACGACAUGGUCAAGAUCUCCAUGGACACGUUCGUGAAGCGCUUCCAAAGCGAUCGCUACGACAUGUGGAUGGAGGGCCGGGAUGUGGGCCGACAUCCAGAGGAUCCCACUGGGGGUACAGCCAUCACAGCUGCACCGCUGCCGCCACACCUCGAUGUGCUGCUGUGUGAUAAGAAAAUGAAGAAGCAAUGCAAUCCCACCAUAGCGAAGAGCUUUAAGGAGCGCAAUCCAGACCUCGAUCUCGAUGAGAUUCAACAGAAUCCGAAUGUGCCCGACGAUGUCAAGGCCAUGCUGAAGGAGAGCGUCCUCACGCUGGACACGGGCGACCUCGGCAUCGAGCCUGAGGGCGAUUAUCCGCACGAGGAUGCUGUCAGUCUGCAGAGUCCGGCGGACUUUAAGACCAAACAGGAGCUGCUCGAGUACAUGGAUGAUGGGACAGAAGACGAUGAUGAGGAGGAGGAGUUUAAGCGUCGCAAGGCGAAGCGGCGCUACGAUGCGGACUACGAUGACGAUUGGCUAGCCUCCCACCAUCGCCGCACCAACUCGCGGAACAGCAGCCGCGGUCGCAGUCCGCGCACCAAGGACGAACGCUCCACAUCGCCAGCCUCCUCCACAUCCUCAACAUCGCGCGGCGGACGACGCGGCAAGGGCAGCGCGACGACUCGCAAAACUCCUUCAAAGCGAAAAAAGGAUUCGAACGCUGCAGUGUCGCCGGCUGCAGCAGCCACAACACUUGCCACAGUGGCAGCAGCAACAACAACAGCGGCGGCAGCGACGGUGGCGGUUAGCAGCGAUGGAGAUGCCAAAAAGGAGCAACAAUCGCUGGCAUUCAUGCAACAGCCUCGCAAAUUUGAGGGCAAAAUACCAAAACUAAGUCAGGCAGCAGCAGCAGCUACAGCUCCCACAGGCGUAGCAGCCACAUCCACAUCUAGUCAGGAUCAGCAGCGCAUAUUCUACAUCAAUAUGUUGCCCUCAGCCAACACGCUCAAUGGCAUUCCACAGCAGCAGCCGCAACAGCAGCAACAGCAACAGCAACAACAGCAGCAGCAGUAUGGUAGCACCGAUGGCAAUGUCUAUCAGCUGCAAAACGAAAUACUCUGUGAUGCAAAUGGACAGGCCGUAACGGCUGCCACAGCCACAUAUCAGACGACAGUGCCGAGCAGUCCCCAACAACAACAGCAGCAGCAGCAGCAGCAACAAAAUGUUGCUGUUAGCGUGGCCAACAACGCUGCCGACAAUGUGGUCACAACUAUUAGUUCGUCCUCCAUCCUGCACACGAACGGCACCACCGCCCACACGAACGGAGGAGGAGCAGGAGGAGGCGGAGUGGACACCAACGAACAUCAGCAGCAACAACAGCAGCAGCAGCAGCAGCACCAUCAUCAGCCACAGUACCACUACAUCACCACCACUGGCGAGGAUGGACAGACACCGACGACCAUAGUUUUUGAGAACUAUAAUGGCGGCAUGCCCACAUCUGUCACGUCUGCCACACCCACGCCAGUGUCGGUGACUGCCUCGCCGGCGCCAGCAACGACCACGACCACGGCGCUGGUCAACACGGACGGCACAAUCAUCGAGUUCGAUGGCAACACCUACGAGGAGUAUCAUGUGCUCAAGAGCGAGCCGGGGAGCAGCGACUGUUUGAGCAAUGGGAGCAGUGCCGUGGCGGCGGACAUCAUCAAGUACGAGCCGCAGCAUGUGGAGGAGGAUGACGAGGAGAGUGGCCUGCAGGCGAAGUACGAGGAUGAGGGCCUGCAGGUGAAGUACGAGGAGCAGGAGCAGGACCUAGACCAGGGGCAGGAGUACGAGGAGUAUCAGGUGAUCAAGGCCGAGGUGGAGGCAGAGGCGGCGGAGCAGGCGGCAGGCAUGGUCAGCUACACAAUCACCAGCCUGCCCGACGAUCACAGCCAGCCGCAGCAAGCCAACUCCGGUGAGCCAAAUGCCAGCAUGGUGCCCAAAUCUGGUUCAGCGGCGGCUGCCAAGCAGAAGCGCAAGCGGAAGACGCGCGUCAUUGCCGAGGACGAGCAGGGCGAGUACCUGGAGAAGAUGAGUGUGCGCGGCUUGGACAUUGCGCGCUACGAGCACAUCAUCGACGGCGUGGCCUACUGCCUGGUGUGCGCCAAGAACGAGAUCUUCAAGACGUUCAAGAACAAGUACAGCUUCCAGCGGCACGCGUACCUCUUCCACGAGGGCCAGAACCGCAAGAUCUUCGCCUGCCCCAUCUGCAACAAGGAGUUCUCGCGCCCCGACAAGAUGAAGAUGCACAAGAAGGACAAGCACGGCGAUGUGCCCAUGCCGCCAUCGGCCACAACCACGCCCCUCAAGGGGGACGGCACUCCGGCCGCCAAGCGACCGCGUACCUCCCGCACCCCACGUGUCCGCAAGUCCAAGGCCAGCGAUGCGGGCACACCGACCGGCACGCCAGCCAAGAAGCGCCUCGCGCAAAUCGACAGCGUGCUGGACGAUGUCCAGAACUCGGAGGGCAUCUCCGUGCCACAAUCCCAGCAUCAGCAACAACAGCAGCAGCAGCAGCAGCAGACGGUGGUGAAGGUGGAGGGGCAGACGCAGCCCCACUACGAGAUGCAGCACACGCUGACGACGACGCAGCCGCAGCAGCUGCAGACGCUGCCAUCGCUGGACUUUAGCGGCAUGAUACUGCCGGGCGGAGCUCAGCUGGCCCUGGCCAAUCCGGGUGCCAGCAGCUCAAUGACCCUGCAGCGCGGUGCCACCACGCCGAACGGCGGACAGGCGGGGACGGGGCCCACGACGACGCUCAUCUACUCGAAUCAGCUGGAGCUGCAGCAGGCGCUGUUGCAGCAGCAGCUGCACGGACAGAGCAUUAUGAUCCAGGAUCAGGCGGGCAACCUCGUGCCCCUGCAGCUGGACGGCAGCCAAACGAUAUACACGACGGCGCCGGCACCGCAGCAGCGGGCUCAGGCGACGACGGCCACGUACCAGACGACCCAACCGCAGCAGCAGCAGCAAUUGGUGCAACAUCAGCAGCAGCAACAGCAGCAGACGGUGGUGAAGGUGGAGGGGCAGUCGCAGCCCCACUACGAGAUGGAGAACGUGACCUACCUGAGCUCCACGGCGGCGGCCACGCCAACGACGGCCGAGCAGCAGCAGCAGCAGCAGCACCAACAGCAGCAGCAGCAACAGCAGCAACACGUGAUUGGAACCGUGCAGAGCUACCAGAUCCUGACGCCCGAUGGCCUGCAGAGUUUCCAGCCCAAGCUGGAGCCCGGGGAGCUGGGCGACCUGUGCCCCUACUCGCAGUACACAUUCCAGCCCACGCUCAAUGCCAACGCCCUGGACGCGCACACGCAGCAGCAGCAUCACCACAACCAGCAGCACCACCACCACCAGCAGCAGCAGCAGACGCAUCUGCUGCAGCAGCAACAGUUCGCCACCCACAAUCCGCACCAGCAGUUCAUGGAGCUGAAGAACGAGCUGCUGAUCAAAGGCAGCGACGCGUACGCCCUGGACACUGGCUCCAUGUACCACCUGCCCUUCUCGCCCACCUCGAUGAUCAAUGCGGUUAACGAUGUGAACACAUCGUCCCUGCUGGAGACCAAAGAAAUUAGUGGAAGCAACGCCAACGUCAGCGCUGGAGCUGCUAGCAACUGUGUCUCUGUGGUGAGCGGCAGCGGAAUCAAUGGCUUCAAGGCCGGAGCCAAAAAGACGCCCGUGAUCCUGCUAGCUGCCCGCGGACCCGGCAAGCAUGCGCCCAUCAGCCUCAUCAAUGGCACUGGCAAGGCCGGAGCGGGCGGUGUCACCUUGCUGCGCGUCAAUGCACAGCCCCAACGCAAUCAGCGGCAGGUCAUCGUCGCCCCAGAGCAGGUGCAACAACAGCAGCAGCAGCAGCAGGAACUGACUGAGGAAGAGGCAGAGCAAAUGGAGCUGGCGGAGGAGGAGGAACUCGAGGAAGAUCUGGAGGAUGACGAGGAUCUCUCCUCUUCCACCGCUCAAAUCCUACGCAAAUUCCGCAUACCCAAGGGCACGGCCCUGACUGCCAAGUCCGGGGACAACUAUCUGGCCAUGCCCACGCCCACACCGUCGCCCCCUGGGGGCGUCAAUGCGGGUGGCUCCUCCGCUGAUGUUGGCAACUACAUUGAAAACGAAGACGACAUCAUCGAGGAGCUGCAUGAGGAUGAUCUGGUCGAGGAGAUCAUCGACGAAGAGCAGUGCGAGGAGCAAGAGGAGGAGGAGGAAGCGACGACGGCCGACAACGAUGGCCUCGACCUGAGCAGCCAAAGCCAAGCGGCUCCACAGCCAGUGGUAACAACUGCCCCAGCGACUCAGCAGCUGCUGCUCACCUCCGCCUCCCAGCCACCGCCGCUGCAGCUGCAGACGGUGAGCUCCAACGGCACGGUGACGUACCUCAAUCUGCCACCCAACACGAUCCUACUGCAGUCGGCCGAUGGCAGCAUCAUAGCAGCCACCCAGGUGCCGCAUCCGAACAAGGCGGGACAGCAUCAGCUCAUCGCUCUGCCGGGCAACGUAGCGAUGGCCGAGCAGGCGCCCCAGGCCACAGCGCCGCCGACGCAGACGCUGCUCCUCACGGCCGACGGCACGGCCAUUCCUAUAAUGACGAAUGUCGCGCCCCAGCAGCAGCAGCAACAACAACAGCAGCACCAACAGCACCAGCAGCAGCAGCAGCAACAACAGCAACAGGCGGCUGCUGCUGCUGCUGCCCAGCUGUUUGCCGCGUAGGGGCUAAUGGGUGGCCAAAUGGGUCGAUUUUUGAACAGCGCCACCAUAAUGCCGACCACUUAUUUCUUUUAAGACUCGCCGCCAGUCGAUAACAGAUCCAUACAUAAUGUUGCUCAUGGGACAGGGCUUCUCGCAGCCCUGUCUCGUCAGCAACAUUUUGCCCAGAAUCCGAUUGAAAUCGUCGCAUUUGGCCACCCAUUAAAGCCGCAUUGAUGGGGCAGUUUGGCAAUUGAGGGAACACGGGCAAUAGAAACAGUUUAAGAACAGACAAAAAAAAACUCACAAAAGCCAAGCUAAAAAAAACUUUGAUAUUACUACAAUGUUGGAUGUGCAUAGAAAAUUUAUUUUUAUACAUUAAUAAUCGCGAAUAGAACGGGGAAAAUCAAAUGUUGUUCAACACACCCAAAAAGACACACACACACAACAAGUAGCAGAUAACACAGUGUUGUAAAGGAAUCAAAUAUGUACAUUUCAAAGGCAAAACUUAAGUUCAUCUUUACAUAUAGCUACACAUAAAUUAUUUAUACGAGUUAAGCUUAGCAUUAAAUAUUAAGUGCAAAGACGAGACACACACCCAAACCAGUUGUAACUACUCGUAUUACCACCGCUGCCCACCCCAAUGGGUUGAGCGGCGGAAUAUGUUUAGCCUAAUUUUCGAUUAGCAUUUCGUAUUUUAUCGUAUAUUCAUUUCUCACUAUCUAAGUAUGUAUGGAUAUACAUAUGCAAACCUAUGAAUAUAUUUUUGUUCCUUUUUACGUAUCGAGAAGUAUAUGGAGUACUAGUAUUUCGCCACUAAGUUCCACAGAAUCUAUUUAUUUAUUUUUGUUAACGCCCCCGCAGACUUCCCAUGAAUUCGUCCAACCGUACAGCGUCGCGUAGUCCCUUUGUCCUUAUGGGUUUUCUUUUAUCAUGUUGCAUAUUCUUUACGUCAAAUAUUAUAACUACAUUCAUGUAGAUUAGAUGUAUUGUAUGUAUGUUUUAUCUGCAAUUCUGUUAUGCCAUUCAUCUAAGAGUGAGCGAAUUCAGGCAUAACACUGAACGAAACCGACUUUUAAGUUUGUAAACUCCUCCUCCGAUCACGAUCACGAUCACCCUCUCACCCAUUUGAUACUUAAGGCUAAAGUAAAGUUAUUUUUCAUAUGAUUACAGCCCCAACUAGGUUAAGCGCCCCACACACACAUAACAUAACAUUAAUGGAAGACAAUGAUUUAAAGCGUACAUAAGUAGAAGUAGUCUAAGGAGACCCACACAAACAAACAAACAAACAA